AUGGAUCCUAAUCAUUUUCAUUAUCAACAAGCUUUUUUCAAUUACAUGCAAAAUUAUCAAAAUCCUAAUCCUCAAAAUUCUCAAAUUCCACCGGUGCCAACAAACCCCGCCAUAUUUCUUCCGUCACCAAACAAUCCAAAUAUGUAUCCUAUACCUCAAAUGAAUUCUAAUAGUAUGGAAUUCUCUACUCAAGUUCCACCAUUUUCUACUCAAGUCCCACCAUUUUCUACUCAAGUUAGUACUGAAAAAGAAGAAAGGGUUGUCGUUAAAAAAAGAUCUCGAGAGCAAUUUACAAGGGAAGAGGAUAUACUACUUAUCCAAUCAUGGCUCAAUGUUUCAAAGGAUCCAAUUGUGGGAGUUAAUCAAAAGGCUGAGAGUUUUUGGUUAAGAAUUGCUGCUAGUUAUAACCAAUAUCGAAAGAAAAGUGGGACAUCCGAGACCGAUGUCAUGGCAGAUGCACAUGCUAUUUUUGCUCAGGAUCAAGGUACAACAUUCAAUCUUGAGUAUGCAUGGCGAUUGUUAAAAGAUGAAGCUAAAUGGCGCAUCGUCGAAGAAUCGAUUGGAAGUUCUGCAAAAAUAACAAAGACUUAUGCUAGUGGGGCAUCAUCGGAGAACCCAGAUACAACUUCAAGUUAUGAGUUUAACUCAUCAUCACCAAUGGAGCGUCCAAUGGGACAAAAAGCAGCAAAAAAGAAGGGUAAGGCAUCCGAAAUUCCAAAUGCAACGCAAGAUGCAAAGAAUAAAAGAGCAAUAACAAUGGACAGACUUGCGCAAGCUAAGGAGGACGAGCUAGAAUUAAGGGUAGUGCAAAUGAUGAUGAAAGAAACUUCUACUAUGAACGAUAGUCAACGAGAUAUUCAUGAAAAAUAUUGUAAUAAGAUGAAAAAAAAUGAAAUGUAG